AUGUCGAUCCUCAAGCGGCUGUAUGUUGCGGGCUUCGACGCUGAAGCACUCCGCAAUGCCGGCUUAUUGCCCUACUUGGUUGCUGCCUCUCUGAUGCUCAUCGCUUACAUGGCGAUGGGAGAGAAGGCGGUCGGCAAGGGUGGUUUCCCUAUCGCGAAUCCCAUACGACCGUUUGAGUUCGUCACUUUAUUCCGUCUGGCCGCCUUCAUCAAGGCGCCCAGGAAGCACUUUGCUUCGUAUGCGGAAAAGUAUCAUGACACGCCGUACUGGCUGAACAUGGAGUUGGGGAAGGCGCUCAUCGUACCGUCUUCGAUGAUUAGCGAAAUUCGUGUGAAUCCUGUGAUGAGUAGUCUGAAAGCUAUCCAAGAGCAUGGAAAGUCUGAACUCAUGUUAACUUAUAUCAAGGUCCAAAAUGGUUCUCUGAAAGGGUUCGAGCCAAUCGGCGAUGUUCUUGACCAGCAUAUGUUGAAGUUGGUCAAGGACCAUCUGACAACCAAGAAUCUGGCCAUCUCGGAAGAAGUUUCAGACUCCCUCUCGGAGGUGUAUUCAGACAGCUAUGAAUGGAAGGACUUCAAACUUGGCGCACCCAUCGUCAGCCUCGUAGCCAAAACAUCUUCAAGAGUCUUUGGAGGCAAGACCUUUUGCCGCAGCGAAGAGUGGCUCGGGGCGAUGGCCAAGUACACAAAGCACUUCCUCAUUGCCAGCAUCACGCUGCGCUUCUUCCCGACAUGGAGCAAACGCUUCGUGCAGUGGAUUCUUCCUCCCUGCUGGCUUCUGAGAUACGACCUCGUCAGAUGCCGCCGCGUCCUUAAGCCCAUCAUGGACCAGCGCGCCCGCGAGGUUGAGCGGGCAAAGGAGAGCGGCCUCGAGCCGGAGUAUGCUUUCGAUCAGGCGUUGGCUACGCUCAGCAGAAAGAUUGACAUGGCGACGGCUCAGAUUAGUCUGGCGAUGGUAGCUAUCCAUACUACCGCGGAUCUUCUUGAGAAGACACUGCUUGCUCUAUCAGAGCACGAAGAGCUUAUUGACCUGCUCCGUCAGGAGAUUGUCUCUGUGUUGAGUGUUCAUGGUCUUAGUAACGCAGGGCUGGCUCAACUCGACUUGAUGGACAGUGUUCUGAAGGAAGUGCAGCGGAUUAACCCGGUUGCCAACUGCUUCCUCAACCGCAUCGCUGUGGAGGAUUUCCGCCUCGCCAACGGGAUGCUCAUCCCCCAAGGAACGCUUCUUGGAGUGGGGCCAACUCACAUGUGGGACAACUCCUUCUGCGAGGACGGCGAGAAGUUUGACGGUCUCCGAUUCCACCGUAUGCGCCAAAACCCGGAGUUGAAGCAGCAAUCGUACUUGGUUUCUACCAGCCCCAACCAGCUCGGCUUUGGUCACGGCUCUCACGCUUGUCCUGGAAGGUUCUUUGCCGCGAAUGAGGUCAAGAUCAUCCUGUGCCACUUCCUUCUGAAGUACGAGUGGAGGUUCCCCGUUGAAGGUCCGCAUGUAGUUAAUCUUGGAGUGCUGAAUGCAGCAAGUCCAUGGACAAAGAUUCAGAUCCGCAGGAGGAAGGAAGAGAUGGAUAUUGGGGAACUCAUUGUACCUUAUUAG